ACCCUCCAUUUUGGUCAUUUUUUCCUCACGUGGUACGCUACACUUAUAUAGUAGUUCAAUUAAAUCCUGGACUUAGAUUUUUAAUUGCUUCCUAGUUUGUGUCACGUUUGAAUUAAAGUACGACAUGAACUAGUUUUAGAACACUUCUAUAGCAGUUCAAUUAAAUCCUGGACUUAGAUUAUCAAUUGCUUCCUAGUUUGUGUCACUUUUGAAUUAAAGUACGAUAUGGACUAGUUUUAGUACACUUCUAUUGUAGUUCAAUAAUUCAAUUAAAACUCCUGGACUUGUUUCAAUUGCUUCCUAGUAUGUGCCACGUUUGAAUUAAAAGUGCUAAAAGUGCGACAUGGACUAGUUUUACUACGAUAAUAACACUUGGGAAUUAGAUAAGUCCUAGAAUUGCAUGCAUUAUCAGUGUAAACUUAGGUUACUGGCUAGUACUUAUCUAUGAUCACACUACAAGCUCUCCUUAAUUUUCUGAAUUUCCAUAAGAUGAAGAUUUUAAUCUCAUUCUUUCUUGCUCUGCUUCUGCCUUCGCCAAUUUUUUCAAGACCUGAUUCUCCAGUGUUUAAUGUUCUUGAUUAUGGUGCAGUUGGAGAUGGCUCGACCGACUCAACCAGUGCUUUCAACAGAACAUGGGGAGCAACAUGCACAUCUUCUUCUUCUCCGACAAUGUACGUUCCUUCUGGCAAUACGUUCUUGCUUCAUCAGUUGAAAUUGAGCGGACCUUGUGCAUCCCCAAGUGUCACCAUCGAGAUAAAUGGAAAUAUAGUAGCACCAAGUGAACCCUCAGAAUGGAGGUGUAUGUCCAAUCGUUGUGAUAAAUGGAUUUCUUUUAAACAUGUUAACGGCCUUACAGUACGUGGGAGUGGAAUAAUUAGUGGUCACGGACACAAAUGGUGGGAUGUUAAUGUAAGUCAAUUGAGUAGUUUUGUUUUUGUUAGGUUGAUGAAAAAUAUUUUAAGGUUACUAGUGUUUUACAUUGGUUUGAAGCUUCAUUCUAGGUUUCUAACAGCUUUUAUUACCUCUAUAUAUUUUCAGGACCGCAUGAAACCAACUGCUUUCGAAAUUUCACAUUCCAAAAACAUUAGUCUAAGCGGGCUGAGCUUUAAGGACAAUCCUCGGGUGCAUGUCAAUAUUGAGAGCUCGGAAUCUGCAAGAGUCUCAAACAUAACCAUAGAUGCCCCAGCAAAAAGUCCUAAUACUGAUGGUAUUCAUGUUUCAGACAGCAGAGAUGUUUCCAUUAAUAAUUGCCGAAUUGGAACUGGAGAUGAUUGUAUCUCAAUCGUUGAUGGAUGUUCCAAUCUGAAAAUCAGCAACAUAAUAUGUGGACCAGGGCAUGGUAUAAGUAUUGGAAGUCUAGGCAAGCAUGGAUCUAAUGACAAUGUAGAAAAUAUUGUUGUCAGUGACGUCGUGUUCAUAAAAUCUACAAAUGGUGCUCGUAUAAAGACGUGGCAGGGAGGCCAAGGGCAUGCUAGGAAUAUCAUUUUUGAGAGAAUAUUGUCACAAGAUUCUUAUAACCCUAUUAUUAUUGAUCAGUUCUAUUGUGAUCAUGAACAGUGUACUGAACAUGAUUCAGCAGUAAAGGUUAGUGAUAUUAUUUUUAGACAGAUAGUUGGAACCUCCAAAGGUGAGUAUGCCGUGAAGUUGGAUUGCAGUGCGUCAGUUCCCUGCACGGGUAUAUUAAUGGAGGAUGUAUACAUCCGCUCCUCAGGUUCCAAAGAUAAGGCUAGAUCAUAUACUAGUAAUGCACGAGGACUAGUUAGGGGUCAAAACAUUCCUCACACCCGCCUUUGAGAAUCAGGGGCAUAAAUUGCGAGAUUAACUUCAAGUUUCCACUACAACUGAUUUACGCCUGAAUUCAUCAUAUAGCAUUGUUUAUCAAUAGUGGUUUCAGCAAUUGUAUGUUCCUGAUGCUAAUGUAGUAGUACUAAUUAGUUCUGGAAUGACAAUUCACAUAUCCCAGUGGACUAAUUCCUGCUUAGUGUGGAAG